GCGCGCAGUACACUGAAGGCUUUGAAAAUGUCGGUUGCAGGUUAAAAAUGAGAAGGAAUUCAUCUCCAGGAAGCUCAAACACGACACACCAGUUUUGUUGUCUCUGCCUAGAUACUUAAGAAGUGGAGCAAGGGAUCCAAUUGUCCACCCUUCCUGCUCAGACUGUAGGGAGGAAUUCACUCGGUGAUUUUGACCAACUGGCACGCCCAUCAUUUUACACAGGAAAAAGGACAUUCACCUGCCCAGACAGUGGGAAUGGAUUCACUCGGUUAUCUCAACUAAAGGUACAUCAGCAAGUUCACACUGGACAAGGCCAUUCACCUGUUCUGUGUGUGAGAAGGGGUUCAGUCGGUCAUCGCACCUGUGGACACACCAAUCAGUUCACACUGGGCAGAGGCUGGUCUUCUGCUGAACUUCUGGGUAAGGAUUCACUCUGUCAUCUGACCUAAUGGCUCACCAGCGAGUUCACACUGGGGAGCGGCCGUUCACUUGCUCAGUCUGUGAGAAGAGAUUUACUCAGUUAUCCAACCUACAGAGUCACCAGCGAGUUCACACUGGGGAGAAGCCAUUCACCUGCUCAGUCUGUGGGAAAGGAUUCACUCUGUCAUCCACCCUACUGGUACAUCAGCGAAUUCACACUGGGGAGAAGCUGUUCACCUGCUCAGACUGUGGAAAGGGAUUCACACUGUCAUCCCGCCUACUGAGACAUCAGGGAGUUCACACUGGGGAGAAGCCGUUCACCUGCUCAGACUGUGGAAAGGGAUUCACACUGUCAUCCCGCCUACUGGUACAUCAGCGAGUUCACACUGAGGAUAAGCCAUUCACCUGCUCAGUCUGUGGGAAAGGAUUCACUCAGUCAUCCACCCUACAGGUACAUCAGCGAAUUCACACUGGGGAGAAGCUGUUCACCUGCUCAGACUGUGGAAAGGGAUUCACUCUGUCAUCCCACCUACAGAGACACCAGCGAGUUCACACUGGGGAGAAGCCAUUCACCUGCUCAGUCUGUGGGAAAGGAUUCACUCAAUCAUCCACCCUACAGGGACACCAGCGAGUUCACACUGGGGAGAAGCCUUUCACCUGCUCAGUCUGUGGGAAAGGAUUCAGUCUGUCAUCCAACCUACAGAGACACCAGCGAGUUCACACUGAGGAGAAGCCAUUCACCUGCUCAGUCUGUGGGAAAGGAUUCACUCUGUCAUCCACCCUACAGAGUCACCAGCGAGUUCACACUGGGGAGAAGCCAUUCACCUGCUCAGUCUGUGGGAAAGGAUUCACUCUGUCAUCCACCCUACUGGUACAUCAGCGAAUUCACACUGGGGAGAUGCCAUUCACCUGCUCAGUCUGUGGGAAGAGAUUCACUGACUCUUCCACCCUACGGAGACAUCAGCAAGUUCACACUGGAGAGAGGCCGUUCACCUGCUCAGUGUGUGGGAAAGGAUUCACUGUGUCAUCCACCCUACUGGUACAUCAGCAAAUUCACACUGGGGAGAAGCCAUUCACCUGCUCAGUCUGUGGGAAGAGAUUCACUGACUCUUCCACCCUACGGAGACACCAGCGAGUUCACACUGGGGAGAUGCCGUUCACCUGCUCAGUGUGUGGGAAAGGAUUCACUGACUCUUCCACCCUGCAGAGACACCAGCGACUUCACACUGGGGAGAAGCCGUUCACCUGUUUAUUCUGUCGGAAGAGAUUCACUCAGUCAUCCACCCUACAGAGACACCAGCGAGUUCACACUGAGGUGAAGCCAUUCACCUGCUCAGUCUGUGGGAAAGGAUUCACUGUGUCAUCCAUCCUACUGGUACAUCAGCGAAUUCACACUGGGGAGAAGCCAUUCACCUGCUCAGUCUGUGGGAAGAGAUUUACUGACUCUUCCACCCUACGGAGACACCAGCGAGUUCACACUGGGGAGAAGCCGUUCACCUGCUCAGAAUGUGGGAAAGGAUUCACUCAUUCAUCCACCCUAAUGGCUCACCAGCGAGUUCACACCGGGGUGCGGCCAUUCACCUGCUCAGACUGUGGGAAGGGAUUCACGUUGUCAGCUCACCUACUGAGUCAUCAGUCAGUUCACACGGGUGAGAGGCCAUUCACCUGCUCUGACUGUGGGAAAGGAUUCUCUUUGUCAUCUAAUCUUAAGCUACAUCAGCGAGUUCACUCUGGGGAGAGGCCGUUCACCUGCUCAGACUGUGGGAAGGGAUUGGCGUUGUCUUCCCACCUACUGAGACAUCAGUUAGCACACACUGGGGAGAGGCCGUUCACCUGCUCAGACUGUGGAAAAGGAUUCACUCAGUCAUCCCACCUACAAGCACAUCAGCGAGUUCACACUGGGGAGAGGUCGUUCACCUGCUCAGAGUGUGGGAAGGGAUUCGCGUUGUCAUCUCACCUACUGAGACAUCAAUUAGUACACACUGGUGAGAGGCCGUUCACCUGCUCAGACUGUGGGAAAAGAUUCACUUUAUCAUCUCAACUUAAGGUACAUCAGCGAGUUCACACUGGUGAGAGGCCGUUCACCUGCUCGGACUGUGGAAAAGGAUUCACUCAGUCAUCCCACCUAGAAGCACAUCAGCGAGUUCACACUGGGGAGAGGCCAUUCACCUGCUUAGACUGUGGGAAGGCAUUCACACAGUUUGCUACCCUACAAGCACACUGGUCAGUUCACACUGGGGAGAGGCCGUUCACCUGCUCAGACUGUGGGAAAGGAUUCACUUCGUCAUAUAAGCUUAAGGUACAUCAGCGAGUUCACACUGGGGAGAAGCCAUUCUCCUGCUUAGACUGUGGGAAGGGAUUUGCGUUGUCAUCUCACCUACUGAGACAUCAGUUAGUACACACUGGUGAGAGGCCGUUCACCUGCUCAGACUGUGGGAAAGGAUUCACUUCAUCAUAUAAACGUAAGGUACAUCAGCGAGUUCACAUGGGGGAGAGGCCAUUCACCUGCUCAGACUGUGGGAAAAGAUUCACUUCGUCAUCUCAACUGGAGAUUCAUCAGCAAGUUCACACUGGGGAGAGGCCGUUCACCUGCUCAGACUGUGGGAAAGGAUUCACUCAGUCAUCCCACCUACAAGCACAUCAGCGAGUUCACACUGGGGAGAGGCCAUUCACCUGCUCAGACUGUGGGAAAGGAUUCACUCAGUCAUCCCACCUACAAGCACAUCAGCGAGUUCACACUGGGGAGAGGCCAUUCACCUGCUCGGACUGUGGGAAAGGAUUCACUCAGUCAUCCCACCUGCGAGCACAUCAGCGAGUUCACACUGGGGAGAAGCCGUUCACCUGCUCGGACUGUGGGAAGGGAUUCACUCAGUCAUCCCACCUACAAGCACAUCAGCGAGUUCACACUGGAGAGAGGCCGUUCACCUGCUCAGAAUGUGGGAAAAGAUUCACUUUGUCAUCUCAACUUAAGGUACAUCAGCGAGUUCACACCGGGGAGACUCCAGACACCUGCUCGGACUUUGGGAAGAGAUUCUCUCAGUCAAAUCAACCAAAUGUGCAUCAUUGAGUUCACACUGGAGAGACCGUUCACUGGAUGUGUGUCAAUCACCGUUGCUGAAUGCAAUUUCGAGAGUGACUGUCGGUGCUGAACUCUGCAAUUAUUGCUGUUGCUCACCACACCCAGUUCUGCAUCCUGGUCAAUGGGCAUGGGAGGAGUUUCUUCUGCUGCACAUUCACCUUUAAUAGGACUGGAGUUUAAUA